GCUGCUGUUGCUUGCUCGUAGCAUCCAGCCUUUGCGUUUUGUUCCCAGCAGCUCCCGAGCUCGCCGGGCAGCCAGUGCACCAGCCAGCGUUACAGGGGCAAAGGGGGAGGAAUGUGAUGACAACCAAUCAGGGUGGCCCGUUCCCUCGAGACGUCAUAAUCACAAACAAAGCCCCGAACCUGCAGCAGCGGCAAUAACAAUAACAGACCGUGUCAGCUGCUAGUCAGUCGGCGGUGCGUACGUGGCCGCAGUCAGCAGCAGCUGCUCCCGCCAGCAGCGUCGGGAGAGAGCAGGCAGCGAGGGCAGGCUGAAAAUAGAAACGCUCCUGCCUAGAAGAAACCAGAGACAAUGUCGCAGGGCGAGGGGCUCAGCCUACAAGAGGAGAAUUUGCAUGGUUCCUGGGUGGAGCUGCACUUCAGCAGCAAUGGCAAUGGUAACCCUGUCCAGCCAACAAGCCAAGAGCAAGUACCAGACUCUAUUUCUAUUUACAAUGGUGACAUGGAGAAAAUACUCCUAGAUGCCCAGCAUGAAUCCGGGAGAAGCAGUUCAAGAGAAAGCUCACGCUGUGAUAGCCCUCCUCGUUCCCAGACACCUCAAGACAUUAACAGAGCUUCUGAAAUGGAGACUCACAGCAGUGGAGAAAAGAAUAGCUCUCAGUCUGAAGAAGAUUUUCUUGAAAGAAGAAAAGAAAUAGAAAGGCUCUUGCAGAAAAAUUCAGACUGGAUAUGGGAUUGGUCCAGUAGGCCUGAGAACAUCCCACCAAAGGAAUUUCUCUUUAAACACCCUAAACGUACUGCAUCUCUCAGCAUGAGAAACACAAGCAUGAUGAAGAAAGGGGGCAUAUUCUCAGCAGAAUUUUUAAAGGUUUUUCUCCCAUCUCUGCUUCUCUCUCAUUUGCUUGCCAUAGGGCUAGGGAUUUAUAUCGGAAGACGUCUGACAACCACAACUACAACCAGCACCUUUUAAAGGGAGAAUAAAAUUUGGUCAGACUCAAAGCAAUGAGAAUAUCCAUCUAGGAGUACAAAUGGUGAAUGGCAGGAACUUCUGAGCUUGUGAUAGCUACAUGUCCUUGCUGUUCUGUAAACGUGUUCCUCCUUUAGUAGUAGAUGGGGGACAAGAAAUACUGAAGCCAAGCUAUCAUAAAUAAUUUUUUAGAUAAAUUUAUAAAGCAUGUUUCAGAUUGAUUAAUAUCUGCUGUAAUGCUUGGUAGCAUUAAAACCCCCUCAGUGUUAAAAAAUAAACUCUUCACUUUCACGUAUUGGUUGUGAUGCAGCUAGGAAUUCAUCUAAACCAUUAGUUCUUUAUAUUUCUGAAAAAGUGAGUAUUGUCAUUAUUGAAGUGUGGCCUUAUAUAUAUAUGCUUUUAGAGAAUCUUGUGACUUGAUUUGAGGUGACUCAUCAUUUUCUUAAGAUUUUGAUUAGCAAUUUUGCAUAGGGGAGACACAAAAUGUUAAGACACGUUUUAGAUGCUCAGCUGGUACAUAGAGUGUAGCUUCAGUGGAACUGUGCUGACUUAUAGCAGCUCAGAAUUUGGCGUACAAGAGCCUCAAUUAAAAUUUUGACCUCAGUGCCUAAUGAAUGAUUUCCUUUUGCAGUGCUCUUUGUUUGUCGCUUAAUUAAACUUCCUCUUGUUCUUGCAAAAUAUCGCUUUAAAACUAAGUGUUUUUUGAUUUGACAAUAAAAAAAAAGUACAUUUCCAUUCUAAAUUGGCCUAUUUAUUUCCAUUAUAAAUCUGAAGGAACAGCAUAACUUGCUAUGUAUACUAAUGGAACUCAUUUUGAUUCAAGAAUUUUAUCUUACUGUAAUAAGGAAAAAGGAGGAUUUUAUUUUUUGCCAAAUUCAUAGGAGGCCUUAUGUAUUUUUUAAUAAAACUUGUGCAUUCACAGUUGUUUCCCCUUUUUAAAAAAAUGUUUAAAACCAAUUUCUGAAAGCUGUUUAAAAGGUAAGGGCUCUCUGUUGGAACAUUUCACUGUUUUUUUCUUACCUAAUUCAUUUGUCUUACCACAAAUAGCAAAGAAAGGUUUACUUAAAAUGAUUUCAUGAUUCAUCCUUAGAUAUGAAUAACUCUGAACUAUUAACUGAUUAAAAUAAAUUCUCAAGUAGAAACAACUGAAAAGCACAAUCUUUCAUUUUACAUACAUGAUAUCUGCACAUACAGAUUUGACUUUGUUUUGUGAUAACAUCGUUCAAAAAUAAAUUUGCUUUGAGCAUUGAUUUUCUCCUUA